ACGCCAACAGGCUGCUGUAAGGGAAGCUGCCUGGCUCGCCUGUGUUAGCCUGGCGAGCCAGUGCGGUGAAGGAGUGCAUAGGCAGCUGGCCGGGUCCCCAACCAGACCGACGUAAAUCCGGGAGUGGCGCGCGUCAUCUCAACGGUGAAGGGACACCAGUGGGCGGCGGGAGAUAGGGCUCCGGUGCGGCGGAGAGCGAAUAAAGCUCCGCAGCCGGAAGUGUCUUCAGAGCGGCGUCGUACCCGGAAGUGUGGCAAAACGGCAGCCGCACCCGGAAGUGUGAUGCUACCGCUGAUCGGAAAGUGAUGGUACCCGGCCAGUGGGGAUACGGGGUUAGAACAGGGAUGUGCAGAUGGAGGCUGGAGGAGACAUUACUGCCCCAGCCCCUGGGGACGCGGAGGACUUGGAGGACACUCGGUUCCCCAGUGAGGAGGCUGGUGAGGAUGGAGGAGUUCACGAGGACCCGCCAGAUUCUGGAGACGGGGACCUGGAGAAAACAGAAUCCGAGACGAAGGAUCAGCCACCUGGCCUGCUGUCACCACUGCCCCAGUCAGAGGCCCCAUCAUGCACCUGUGGGCUUUGGGAUCCUGCAGCCUCUGAGAAUAGUCCCAUGGGUGGUCCCGAAACUGGCUCUGGGGGCCAGGGUGGGGACCCCAGUGAUGAGGACUGGCGCAGCAAGCGAAAGCACGUGUUUGUGCUGAGCGAGGCAGGCAAGCCCAUCUACUCAAGGUAUGGUAGUGUGGAGGCACUGUCGACGACCAUGGGCGUGAUGACAGCCCUCGUGUCCUUCGUGCAGAGUGCAGGAGAUGCCAUCCGUGCCAUCUACGCUGAGGACCACAAGCUGGUGUUCCUACAGCAGGGCCCACUGCUAUUGGUGGCUGUGUCAAGGACUCCUCAGUCAGCAGCCCAGCUUCGGGGGGAGCUCCUAGCCGUGCAUGCACAGAUUGUGAGCACACUGACGCGUGCAAGUGUGGCCCGCAUCUUUGCACGCAAGCAGAACUACGACCUCCGCCGCCUGCUGGCCGGUUCAGAGCGCACACUAGACCGGCUUCUGGACAGCGUGGAGCGGGACCCUGGUGCUCUGCUGCUGGGCGCUGUGCGCUGUGUGCCUCUGGCUCGCCCCCUGCGGGAAGCACUGGGUGCACUGCUGCGACGGUGCACGGCGCCUGGCCUGGCACUCUCGGUGCUGGCGAUCGGAGGUCGACUGGUGACGGCAGCCCAGGAGCGGACUGUGUUAGCCGAGUGCCGGCUGGAUCCAGCCGACCUGCAGCUGCUGCUCGACUGGGUGGGGGCCCCGGCCUUUGCGGCAGGCGAGGCAUGGGCACCUGUGUGCCUGCCCCGCUUCAACCCCGAUGGUUUCUUCUACGCCUACGUGGCUCGCCUGGACGCCAUGCCGGUCUGUCUGCUGCUGCUCGGCACCGACCCUGAGGCCUUCCAUGACAUGGCCACCUGCCGGCGCCUGGUUGAAGAGGGCAUGCACACCCUUGGUGCCAUGCGGGCCCUGGGGGAGGCUGCCAGCUUCUCUAAUGCCCCGUCAGCCGGCGCUCCUGCCUACAGCGUGCAGGCUGUGGGGGCACCUGGCCUCCGACACUUCCUCUAUAAGCCACUGGAUAUCCCUGACCACCACCGCCAGCUGCCCCAGUUUACCAGCCCUGAGCUGGAGGCCCCGUACAGCAGAGAGGAGGAACGGCAGCGGCUGUCGGACCUGUACCACCGUCUGCACGCGCGCCUCCACAGCUCCUCUAGGCCCCUGCGCCUCAUUUACCAUGUGGCUGAGAGAGAGACUCUGCUGGCCUGGGUGACUUCCAAAUUUGAACUCUAUACCUGCCUCAGCCCCCUGGUGACAAAGGCAGGUGCCAUUUUGGUAGUGACCAAACUCCUGCGCUGGGUGAAGAAAGAGGAGGAUCGACUCUUCAUUCGUUACCCACCCAAGUACUCCACACCUCCAGCAGCCCCAGCUGCCUCUACAGACCAGCCUUCCCAUAACGGCUUGUUCACUGGACCUUGAGAGGCAGAGUUCUCAGACUGGGCAAUGCUGAGAACCACCACCUUUGGUUUUUCCCUUCUGUCUCCACCCUGGAAAUGAGGCAGGCGGGACUGAGGAAAGGCUGCUUCCCCAGCCCUGGCAUGCUCCUCCACCUCUGGGGAAAUCCUUAGACCGCUCUGCCUUCCUCUCCCUCUGCCUCACGUCUUCUGCUUGGAUGAUAUUCCUCUGCCAGGGGCUGUCUCCUCCAGUCCUGGGCACCACACCUUCUGUCCUGCAUCAGGAGUCUGCCUCCAUGAUGGGCUCUGAGCCCUGAGUGUCCAGGGUUGGUCAAGGUCCCUUUGGGUGGUCCACAGGGGCUCUAGAAUUGGGAAUGCACGGCCAGCCUUUAUGAAAGGCUCUAAGAAAGAAACAGUAUAUAAAAGACCUAAAAUCAGUUCCCACAGGGACAUUCCUUUGCCCUCCAUGUACCUCAUCUUCACCCGGUCAAAAGUGGCCACCCGUGUUCGCUGCUGCUGCUAUCGGUGAGAAGGUGGUCUCCAGGGCAGAACACCUGACUUCACAGGUGGCUGAGAUCCAGACGUUUUGCAUGGGAGGUGCACUCGGCUUCUAAGGCUCUUUGAACGCAUCUGUGAAGUGCAGAAAACCUCGCAUAGGCUGUUACGCGAGGAUUUGUGAACGGAAGGGGACUCAAGUACCACCGCACAGCUCAUGUGUAUGUGUCUCAGACUCCCACAGUCUGCACCACACAGCAACUUUGAGAGGGAAAGGCCUCCCUAGAGUUCAUAUGCGUGUGCACAGCCCUCCCUCCCUCAACCAACCAAGACUCAGUUCUGGGCUUGUUUUCCCUACACUGGACUUGGCGGUCCUCGGGGUGUACGCAUGCGCGCUAACUGUCAUUCAGGGGCUUGGGUCCGUGCUUGGUUAGAGCCGAAACCUCGUUGCUCCUCCGCUCUGGUUAACUGACGGGCAGACGUGCAGUGCACGCAUGCGCGCUGCAGAGCCUGCGGCCCCCACGUAGUUUUGGGGUUUUUUUGGGUUUUUUUUUGACCAAUCGUCAUCCAAGGCGCUCGCAAGCGCAAACCCCGCAUUGGAAAAUGGCAGCCGAGUUGGAGCCUUUGAAAAUGGAGCCCCCCGAAGUCGUAGAGGAGGCUGAGGAGGCCGAAGGUAGGGAGGGCGAGCCAGCCUCUCCCUGGCCAGGGCAGAAGGGAGGGAGCCUUGUCCCAUUACAGUAAUGAAAUAUUAAUAGCGGUACUUAAAAAAGUAAAAAUUUAAGCUUUUUAUAAAAACAACUUCACCAAAGGGGAGAAAAAUAACGUGCUUAUUCUCAUCGUCUAGAUUAACUCAGCUUUAUCGGGUAUAUUGGUUUAAGUGUUUCGAAGAAACAAUAGACUAAAUAUUUCAGUAUGCAUCUCUUCAAACAAAAAACGGGGAUGGAUAUCGUCACAAAAAUCACCCUGCUCCUGCCACACCGAGGAAAAGCAACAAUGAUUCCCCAGUGUCAUUUCACAGCCAACCCGUAUCACAUUUCACAUGGACUCUUAACUCUGAAUCGAGAGUGGCCUCUCCCACGGACAGCUUCUUUUCUCUGGGGCACUUUGUCGGUAAUGACACCCCACACCCUAGUGCGGGGGAGGGGAUUGCCCCGGAGAGAGAAAUUGCCCCGUACCCCAAGCUAAAAACUUCCCAAAUUGGUGACCUACCGCUAUGCCACUAACAUUUUUGAAAUGUACCAAAGUACAGCAAAUAACAUGGUGAAGGCCCCUGUACCCAUCACUCUUGUUUCAAUAGCUCUGGACUCUCUGCCCUGUGAUUUUUGUCCCCCUUCUUGCACACUCUUUAAACCACUGUAUUAUUAACAACAUUUGGACUGCAUCUUUCCAGAUCUAUCUAUGCAGACAUCAACAAUAAUUAUGAUUGUUCAGUAGUUAAUAUUGUUAUUUCUCCAGCACCUAAAACAAAGCCUGCUUGGCACGUAGUAGGUGCUCAUUUUUUUUUAAUUUUUUUUUUUAAUUGUAUGAAUAGUAACUUUAACACGAAGAGUUCCCUUAGGUUAGGGCUAUGCAUCCAGGGCCAGCUUUCAACAAAGGACAGUCAGAAAGAAGGCAUGCAUAUAGAUACUCAUUUAUUAAGCACUUACUAUAGCACUUAAAAUAGUAGCAACUGUGCUAAAAACUAUUUUAGUAUCAAGCUUUCAAAUUAGUCAAAAUUGAAAUUAUGAUUAACUUCACCAGCAAUGGAGAAAAUUGAAAAACAUAUGUUAUCAUUUCUAGCCCAUUGAAAAUGGCUUUAAAAAGAGAGGGAUAAAUCUAGUAUUGAUUACUCUGUGGGGAAGUAGGCUGUCUCUUGCCUCACUCAGAACUGACCAGUAAAGGCUUUGCUACACGCAAUUUGGCAGAGUAUUUUUAGCAUCUAAAAUGCUAUUCCAUAUCUUUAGUCACCAUGGUUGGUAAUCAUAGAAUAUGCAGAUGUGUGGACCAUGAAGGAUUAUCAGAGUGUUGUUGAUGGAAGCAAAACACAAAGAGCAGUCAGGGAAAUGUCUCGAUUUAAAUAUAUCCAUGCUGUUUGUGGAAUUCCUGUGUGGUGGACAUUUUUUUAAGCAGUAGGAAAAAUAUUAAAAUUAAUUUUUAAAAGAGUAAGGUCAUGGCUUAUUGACACAACUUCAAAGGUGAUCAUAUUUUAUGAGAGAAAAGCAAGUUGGGAUUUAAAAAAAAGGGGGGGGGGCAGUGUCAACUAGAGCCCUGGGUAUGUUGCACAGCGUCUGAAGGCUAAAAGCCUACCUAAUGACUUUCAGCAGGGGACUUAAAUUUUUAGGAGUGUGCAAAGGUGGAGGUAUUUUUGUGAUUUUUUCUUUUAUUUUUCUUUCCGGAAAAUGUAGUGCUAUAUAAUUUUAAAAUAGAGAAAGGGGGAAAUUUUUGUUGGCAUCCGAGGAUCAUACAUUAAUAUUGAUCAAUAUUAACAUCCCAGUUUUGAUGGUUAUAACUGUGGUUACCUGGUAGAGUCCCCUUGAAUAUAAGAAAUAUACACUGGAAUAUUAAGGAAUAAUGGGCCAUGGUGCCUGCAAUAUAUGGUACAGAAAUGCUCACAAAUGAGAAAUCUAAUACAAAGGCAAAUAGCACUGUGGCCUUUUCUACCACUUUAUGUACAUCUGAAAUUAUUUCAAAAUAAAACGUUAAAAGGGACUCAUGCUGUACAGGCUGUUUUGUAAUAUGGGUUUCUCAGAAAUUUUUAUCAAGAUGUUAGUCGGGUUAUUUAAAAGAUUUAUUGAUCACUCAUGACUCGGACUAGAAAUGAAGUGGAGAGGAAAAAUACAGAUGGAGCUUUUGCAGAAAUGGUUACAAAAGCCAGCUGUAAAAGACAUGGGGAUAAUCGAGAAAUCACAAUGGGCACUGGGUGAUAUUACAUGAUGAUUGUUAAUCUUGUCAGUGUGAUUACAGGAUUGGAGUUAUUUCAGAAAAUGGCCUCAAGUAGUUGAGACCCUUAAUGAAAUAUCUGGGGAUGAAAUGUCAUAAAGCAUAGGGCUUGCUUGAAAAUACCUCAGCACAGGAAAAACAGCUGAAGCAAAUAUGGAUGAAUAUUAAUGGUUGUCAGAACUUGGUGAUGAAUAAUCAGUGUUCGUCAUGGUGUCCUCUCUAUUUUCAUGUGUGUUUGGAAAUUUUCUACAAAGAAAAUAAUUAAAAUACUUCCCCCUUGUUAA